GUAACCGAGGCCUGUGUUGCGUUCACAGCCCAGUGUAAAGCCGUGGUCACCUGUAACCAAGGCGUGCGCGGAGGCCGAGUCACCGAGCUGAAAGCCACGGUGGACGCGGCGGUGAAAGUGUGUCCGACGGUCCAACACGUGUUUGUGUCUCAGAGGACAGAGACGCCGGCUGUGAUGGGACGGCUGGACGUCCCUCUGGAGCAGGCGAUGUCCCGUCAGAGUCCCGUUUGUCCCCCGGAGCCUCUGGACAGUGAAGACAUCUUGUUUCUUCUCUACACGUCCGGAAGUACGGGGAAACCUAAAGGCAUCGUCCACACACAGGCCGGAUACCUGCUGUACUGCUCACUCACACACCAGUACGUGUUCGACCACCGGCCCGGCGAUGUGUUCGGCUGCGUGGCCGACGUGGGCUGGAUCACGGGACACAGCUACGUGGUCUACGGCCCGCUGAGCAACGGGGCCACCAGCCUCCUGUAUGAGAGCACGCCGGUCUACCCAGACCCAGGCCGGUACUGGGAGACGGUGGAGCGUCUGAGCCUCACGCAGUUCUACGGCGCUCCGACCGCGCUGCGCCUGCUGCUGAAGUACGACGACAGCUGGGUGAAGAAGUACGACCGCUCGUCUCUGAGGACGCUCGCCUCAGGUACGACAUGCUAA